GUGAGAAAUCUCUACGAAAAGUGCAAUCCGAGGCCGACAACGAAAAGACACCUUUUCACAUUUCUCGUCGCAUACAAAGCAACCACACCAAUGGCGUCGCUGUGCGGAAGAAUUGUCCUGGCUGCGGCCAAGCGAAAUGUGACCUACACGCCGGUUCGAUUUUGCAAAAUGAUGAACGACCCAAUUGAGCAUGCCACCGGUAUCGAGAAGCGUGAGCUGCUGGCCAAGCAAGCAGGCAACCCAGAUCCGUUCGAUAUGCGUGUGUUCAAGCGCGGACCGGGUACCAAGGAUAGCCCCAACCUGAUUCCAUCGGCAUUCGAUGCCCGUCUAGUCGGUUGUGUUUGCGAGGAAGAUCAAACCUACGUCCAGUGGAUGUGGCUUUACCAGGGCCAGCCGAAACGUUGCGAAUGCGGACACUGGUUCAAAUUGGUGGAGAAGGCUCCGGUCUAA